AUGUCGUUGGUCUCAAAUAUCAUGGACCACCUUCCAAUUGGUGGGAGUGAGAGGGAGGCAGCUCUACCCCGCGAACCGUCGCAGGAGGAGAUCAAUACGCUGAAACAUAAAUAUAAAAAGGCAGGACAGGGACAUGUGUUUACUUUCUUCGAGGAGCUCAAAUCAACCGAAAAGGCUUGUCUCUUCCGCCAGCUCUCCAACUUCGAUCCAAACCGCAUCAAUGAGCUUGCCAACACUGCCCUCAAUCCCCCCGCCGCCAUUCAAGGUGCUCAAAAAACCACCGUCGAGCCCUUGCCGGAAUCCACCACGGCAUCCAUGAUUGACUCAGAUAGUGACUCUUUACAAAAAUUCUAUAAUACCGGUCUUGAACUGAUCGCUGCCAACAAAGUGGCUGUGGUACUGAUGGCUGGCGGCCAGGGGACUCGGUUAGGUAGCUCCGCACCAAAGGGUUGCUUUGAUAUUGGCCUUCCAAGCAAAAAGUCACUUUUCCAGAUACAGGCAGAGAGAAUUAUAAAGCUGCAGCAAUUGGCUCAAGUGUCAUCGGGCAAGGACAAAGUUGUUAUCCCUUGGUAUGUAAUGACCAGCGGCCCAACACGGCAGCCCACACAGACGUUCUUUGAAGAGCAUAAGUUUUUUGGUUUGGAGAAGGAGAAUGUUGUAAUAUUUGAGCAAGGGGUAUUGCCAUGCAUAUCCAACGAGGGGAAAAUUUUAAUGGAGAGCAAGUCAAAAGUGGCAGUGGCACCUGAUGGCAAUGGCGGCAUAUACCAAGCGCUUUUAACAUCUGGAGUUCGAACAGACAUGAGGAACAGGGGAAUAAAGCAUAUCCACGCAUACUGCGUUGACAACUGUCUCGUGAAGAUUGCUGAUCCCGUCUUCAUCGGUUUUGCAGCCUCCAAAAGUGUCGAUAUUGCUACAAAAGUCGUACGCAAGCGGAAUGCCACCGAGUCCGUCGGUCUCAUUCUGCUGAAAAACGGAAAACCAGAUGUCGUGGAAUACUCCGAGAUAGACAAGGAAACCGCUGAAGCCAAGGAUCCCAAGCACCCUGACGUUCUCAAGUUCCGCGCAGCGAACAUCGUGAACCAUUACUACUCAUUCAACUUCCUUGAGUCCAUUGAAGUCUGGGCCUCAAAAUUGCCACACCAUGUAGCCCGUAAGAAGAUUCCUUGCGUCAACUUGGAGACGGGGGAGAUCGUCAAAGCUGAGAGACCCAACGGGAUUAAGCUCGAGCAGUUUGUUUUCGAUGUGUUUCCAUUGCUGCCGCUUGACAAAUUUGCCUCGAUUGAAGUCAAGCGGGAAGACGAGUUUUCGCCAUUGAAAAAUGCCCGUGGCACAGGGGAGGAUGACCCUGACACUAGCAAAAGAGACAUCAUGCGACAAGGCGAGCGAUGGGUCCGCGCUGCUGGGGGUUUAGUGGAGAGUGAAUCGGAGGACGCAGCUGGCGUUGAAGUUUCUCCAUUGAUAAGCUAUGCUGGAGAGGGAUUGGGGUUCUUGAAGGGUCGAGUCAUCAAAGCACCAGCGCAAUAUAAGAAGAUGAUGGCCUCACGCCGUGCAUGCUACAAAUGUGGCAACAUUGGUCAUUAUGCUGAGGUGUGCUCGUCCGCGGAGCGCCUAUGCUACAACUGGGAGUCAAGACUAAUCAAAGCUCACACAGGCAAACAACCCGGACACGAGUCGAAUGGCUGCCCGCGUCCUCGCACAACAGAGACGAAACAAUGCUACCAUUGUCAGGGCCUUGGACAUGUGCAAGCUGACUGCCCAACCUUGCGCUUGAACGGGGGUGCCACGAGCGGCCGUUGCUACAACUGCAAUAUCCUCGGCCAUCUGGCUCGGAAUUGCCCAUCUACUGGCAUGCAAGGUGCCGGAAGAGGCGUUCCAUCAGCCCGUGGGGUUUUCAACUCUCCCUUUCGUGGUGCAUUCGCCGGAUAUGCCAGAACUGCUACGUGCUACAAAUGUGGUGGUCCAAACCAUUUCGCGCGGGAUUGCCAGGCUCAAUCUAUGAAAUGCUAUGCAUGUGGCAAAUUGGGUCAUAUCUCCCGUGAUUGCACUGCUCCCAAUGGUGGACCGUUGAGCUCCGUAGGCAAAGUCUGCUAUAAAUGCUCCCAGGCAGGCCAUAUCUCUCGCGAUUGCCCGACUAACACCACCGAAGCUGUUGCUUCGACCGCUGCGGAGCCCGCUGCCGAGACCGCAGCCGUGACGGAUGCUAACGUUGCCCCCGUUGCUGCAGCGCCCACUCCGGCAGUCGCUUAA